AUGAUUAAACAACAGCAACCACAACAACUUAAGGCACAAAACACCCAGGUCCCUCAGACCAUUACAUACGCCAUAUAUGCAUAUAAUUCAAAGACGGCAGAACAAACGCAAAGGUUGAAAUAUGGAGAUUUGGAGAUAGUAUUGAAAAAUGACCAUUUCGAAUUCGUUUGCAAAGGUGGUGCAGUGAUAUCAAAUAUAAAAGAAAUUUUAUUUAUGAAUUCAAAAAUUAAAGGUAUAACGGAUGAUAUAACAUCAAUUCCACCAGAAGAACAGAGAUAUUACGCAUUAAAUGCAUUUCCUAAAGUUUUGAAGAUUGGAAGAUUUAAUUUAAAUGAGGAAUUCAUAGAAGGUUUCCUAAAUGACAUAAUGAAGAGGGCGGAUAAGGAAUAUGUGGAUAGUGAGUUAAUGAAGAAGGCAAAUUUGGUUUAUGUUGAUGAAAAAGAUAAAGAAAUUAAAGAAAGGGUUGAAUGGUAUCAUGAAUGGACAUUGGAGACUUUUAAAGUUAAAGCUGAUACAGGAUGGGUUUCAGGAUGUUUAGACCUUAAAGCAGAUAAAACAUAUGUUAACGAUGAGUUAGAGAAGAAGGUGGAUAAGGAAUAUGUGGCUAGUGAAUUAAAUAAGAAGGCAAAUUUGGUUUACGUUGAUGAAAAAGAUAAAGAAAUUAAAGAAAGGGUUGAAUGGUAUCAUGAAUGGACAUUGGAGACUUUUAAAGUUAAAGCUGAUACAGGAUGGGUUUCAGGAUGUUUAGACCUUAAAGCAGAUAAAACAUAUGUUAACGAUGAGUUAGAGAAGAAGGUGGAUAAGGAAUAUGUGGCUAGUGAAUUAAAUAAGAAGGCAAAUUUGGUUUACGUUGAUGAAAAAGAUAAAGAAAUUAAAGAAAGGGUUGAAUGGUAUCAUGAAUGGACAUCAAAGAUUUUUAAAACUAAAGCUGAUACAGGAUGGGUUUCAGGAUGUUUAGACCUUAAAGCGGAUAAAACUUAUGUUAACGAUGAGUUAGAGAAGAAAGCGGAUAAGGAAUAUGUUAACGAUGAGUUAGAGAAGAAGGUGGAUAAAACAUAUGUUAACGAAAUAUACCAAAGUUUGAUAGGAACAACGAAAAAUAUUGAAACUAUUGUUGGUGACUUUUCUGUCAAUGAAGAAAAUAAAUAUUUUAGAUGGCAGUUUGUACAGUCCUUAAAAAAUGGUACACGGUGUAAACUCAUUCCGAAAAAUAACAAUGAAAUGUAUGUAAGUUAUAAAAAGAAUGAUGGCACACAAGUUAAAGUUCCAUUAGACAACAACUGUUACUUAAACUUAUAUGGAGAUGAACAAAAGAAAUAUUUAAGAGUUUAUGAAAUGGCAGGUAUGACGUUGGCUGACCCAGCUCCAGCACCAUAUUAUUAUGACUAUGGAGAUGACGACAGAACACCACAUGUAGAUGA